UGGCGCGGCCUAGUGCGUGGCCCUCGGGGGCUGAGGGCGUGACCUUGCAGGUGGCCGUUGGUGGGGCGUGACGGGGGCGUGGCCUGGUACGUGGCCGUUGACGGCACGUGACGGGGGCGUGGCCUGGCGGUCCCGGGCUGGGGGCGCGCAGGUUCGGCUGCGGCGGAGUGGCCCUGGGGCCCGGGUCAGCGGCGGCAUGGGGCUGUUGCGUUGGCAGGUGGCGGCCGCGGCGGCUGUGGGCCUGGCUCUGGCUCUGGAGGCGCUGCCCUGGGUGCUGCGCUGGCUGCGGUCCAGGCGGCGGCGGCCACGGCUGGAGGUGCUGUUCUUCCCGUCUCAGGUGACCUGUACCGAGGCCCUGCUGCGGGCUCCGGGCGCGGCGCUGACCGGGCUCCCCGAGGGCUGCCCGUGUGGCCUGCCCCACGGCGAGAGCGCGCUAAGCCGCCUGCUGCGUGCCCUGCUGGCCGCCCGCGCCAGCCUGGAGCUCUGCCUGUUCGCAUUCUCCAGCCCGCAGCUGGGCCGCGCCGUGCAGUUGCUGCACCAGCGUGGGGUGCGAGUGCGGGUCGUCACCGACUGCGACUACAUGGCCCUCAACGGCUCGCAAAUCGGCCUGCUGCGCAAGGCAGGGAUCCAGGUCCGGCAUGAUCAAGACCUGGGCUACAUGCAUCACAAGUUUGCCAUUGUGGACAAGAGGGUGCUCAUCACUGGCUCACUCAACUGGACCACACAAGCCAUCCAGAACAACAGGGAGAAUGUUCUCAUCACGGAGGACGACGAGUACGUGCGGCUUUUUCUGGAAGAAUUUGAGCACCUCUGGGAAGAGUUUAACCCUACAAAGUAUAUCUUUUUCCCACAAAAAAGGAAAAGUCACUGAAGCUGUGCCCCGCCUGUCUCCAGAGCUGGAGGGAGAUUGCUUUCAUGGCACAGAACUUUCGGCACCUCCAGCCAAAACCAAACCUAACCAACAAUGGGGCUGAGCCCUCCCUGUGGGCUGCUGUGCAUUCUGAGGAAGGGAGACCUCAGCACUAGAAAAAAAUCGUUAAAGUUUCGUCUAUUAGAAUACUAAAUUGAACUAAAGAAGGUUAGGAAAGGGAAAUUUCUGUUACUUCAGGUCAGUUAUUUCGGACCAGACCUUUUUUUUUUGCCCCUUUGCCAAAAUAACUUCAGUCACGACCUGCCACAGGGUGUUUUCAGGAGUGUGGUCCGUAUCUUGGUUUGGAAUCGAAGCUUCUGCCACAGCACAGAAAAGGCACAGUGCCUCUACCAGGUCGAUCCCAUUCCCUUCCCUGAUUCUAGAAAAGCCCCUUCUGCUUUGGCUGACGUGGGCCCUUUCAGCAUCUCCCUGAGAGUUCGUCCCUCUCUCCAUGUGGCACGACUGGGGUUGGUUGGGGCCGACAGUCUCCUUGUCCCUCACAGUCUGCCCCUGUCAGGGCUCGGUCCUCAGAGUAGGGAAAGGAAAUGGAAGUCAGGAGGAAGGGAAGAUGUGAGUGUGCGGUGCAGGUGGCAAAAGCAGCCUUUGGGGCAACCCCGUGAGCGUCAUUGACACCAAAGGCUGGCUGUUCCCUUGCUUCCUUGCAUAAUUGCUCUUUAAAACCAGUAUACACACCAGUGCCAAGCUCUGCAGCAGCCUGUCCUUGGGUAGUAAGUGCCGUGGUCUGUCAGGAUUGAUGGCCAGCAGCUGUUUCUAUUUCCAUGUUGGACUUUUAACUUGUUGGUUUUUUUUUUUUUUUGAGAUGGAGUCUCACUCUGUGGCCCAGGCUGGAGUACGGUGGCGCAACCUCGGCUCACUGC